UCUAGUUGCCGUGGCAACUAACAACAUUAACGCAGCUGUGCACAUAAAGUUGAAAAGACUAUAGAUACAUGCUGACUACUUUAUAAACAGUCAGGUUUCCCAGCAUUAGAAAAUAAACUUCAAAGAUAAAAGCUGGUAUGAUGUCAUCCAACGGCGGAAGGCAUGUUUUACAGCAGGUCAGCCAGUUUUGGUCCAUGCUGGACGAUCUGUCCGAAAACGACCCUGUAGCAUACAGCAGGUUCAUAGAGGAGCAGAUGAAGAGAGGAGCUGAAUUCAACGCGCCGCCUGAGCUCCACUCGUGUGUGCGAACCCAGAUACUGGAACCAAAGCCAGGUUGGCUUUAUAUUAAUAUUUGCAGCUGGAAACGAGUGCCUGCACCUCAGAAUCUGAGCUGUUCUCCACACUUAUAUGGCGGAAAACUAGAAACCAUCAAGCCAGAAGACCAAGGAUGGCUUGCUGUGUUGGAUGUGGCAUUAAACCCCGCUGUGCUACAGAAGAGGAAGGACGAUAAAGCAGAUAUUAAUGAUAUCUAUAAGCUGGCUCUGAGUUUUGCCCAGCAACAGCACAGGAUGUUGUUAUCUGCAGAGUACAGCAUUGUCAGCUGUAGUCCAAACAGUAACCGUGAUGACUUACGAUGUCGACUCGGCUUUCAGAAGCCUCCAACCUCCAAACUGGAAACAGCCGGUCAGACCCCAGCUUCCCUCCUACAACGGAUCUCCUCUCAACAAUCAGGGGCACAAGAGGAGGACAGCAAAGUCCAAAUUAUUUGCAGACCCGUGGAGCACAUAAAGAACGAUUUGAUCCAGGUCAUUUCCAGCACUUUCCAGGGGCCUCAGGAGCCAGAGUAUCUGCUCGAGGUGAAGACUGAUGCAGCAGGAGUUCCUCGCAGCGUGAAGCUGACAGUGGACCUGCCAAAGGUUCGUUCCAUGUCAGAGUGCCAGCUGAGAAUAUCCAAGGAGGAUGUUGUUCUGCAAGUGGAGGAUGUUUAUUAUUUGCUCCUGGAGUUUCCAAAAACUGUCAACGAGGACACAGCAUCCGCCGUUUUCUACAAGAAGAAGAGGAGACUUACGCUGACAGCAGAUGUUUUGUGACCAAUUAAUUUUAAGAGAAAAGGUAGAGGGUUCGCACCGUCACACAUGCAAGGAGUGAACUCGUAUAACAAAAACACCUUAAAAGAGUGUGGUUAAAAAAACAACAACAUUCAGAAUAAAGAGUGCA